CAGAAUAAAGCACACGAGACUAAACAUUUGGACAGUGUCUAAGUACACACGGUGUUCAGCGAAGGAAAAGGGUGACUGGAGUAACUGGUCCAGCUGAGGAACCCGGAGACCCUGCAUUCUUCAGAUCCUCAGCUUGAAAAUUCAUGAGGGUCAUUUGCAAGCUGCAGACUGAUUAAAGAGCUGCGGCUGUAACUCAUGUUCAGCGCUGGAAAACGCCUUCAUCGCUGAUGGCUUAUUGAUGAGAAAUAGUCCAGACGCCCUCUCAGCAGUCCGUUGACACUGUCCAACUGCGCAAGAACAGAGGGAUAGCUGAAGGUUUGCAUUCACCUGCUGGCGUGAGUCACCGGAUUCAACCGCCGAUCUCACAGAUUAAAGUCAUUUCAUCGCACAGCAGGAAGCAGAACAUUAAUAAACAGCGUAAUCUCUGGAGCUCCGAUCAGGCAAGACCUGCAUUGACAUGCACGCACAUAUAGAAGAAAGAAACUCUUAACAGGAUUGGAAGAAUUAUUAAAUAAUGACAGAAUCUGCAUUUUGUGACUUCUAACCCGACUAAGGAGUUGCCUUGCCCCUCCUACCUGCCCAUAAAAGUGGAAACCAUGCUGCCUGAAGCCUUUAACUACAUUUCUCCUUCUGUCUUCUGGAUCUUCUCCCUUCACUUCUCACUCAGAGAGAGAUAACCCCGAAGACAGAGACAGAGAGAGGCCAGGAGAGAGAGAGGACAUGGCUGGGCCUCUCCUCUCUGCCUGCUUGUUUGUACUGGUGGAGCACCUCUGUCUGCUACAACAUAUCCAUGCAGGGGCAUUUUAUGGUCACAAGCCACUGCCCCAACAGCACCAGCCUUUGCCACAGUUACCUCUUCUGUCACAUGGCAAUGAGGGGAUACCCCAACAAAUAACCCAACACCAUUACCAUGGAAAGGACAAGCCGCACUUACCAUAUGGAAAUGAGAUGCCUUUGCUACCACAGUAUGCAAAAGAGCGUCCACAGAUACCCAUGCAUAUGGGUAAACCUAUUGUAGGAAAAGGUGAAACCAUUCCAAGAAGAGAAAAGGGUCCUCCUGGUGAGUCUGGACCAAUGGGACUUCCAGGGCCUCAGGGCCCUCCAGGACUUCCUGGUCAUGGUAUCCCAGGACCUACAGGUAAACCUGGUCCUCAAGGUCCACCAGGACUUCCAGGAUUUGGAAAGCCAGGAAUGCCAGGUUUACCAGGAAAGCCUGGAGGCAUAGGUUUACCAGGACCAAGGGGUGAGUUGGGACCAAUUGGUGGUGAAGGACCAAUAGGAAUGCCAGGACCUCCAGGUCUUCCCGGGCCACAUGGCUUACCAGGCGUGUCAAAACCAGGUGCACAAGGACUUCCAGGACAACCUGGACCUCGUGGAGAACCUGGACAGAAGGGCUUCUCUGGGAUCCCUGGUGUCCCAGGGCCAAAAGGUGAUAAUGGGAAUGGCCUCCCAGGACUGCCAGGAGUAAAGGGACAUCCUGGACUUCCCGGACCACCGGGUCAAGUAGGACUUCCAGGAGUUGGCAAACCAGGACUAAAUGGACUGCCUGGGCCUCCUGGGGGGCAGGGUAAACCCGGUGCACCUGGAGAACCAGGACUGGCUGGAGUCCCAGGGGAGAGAGGACAACCAGGGUCACAGGGACUACCAGGCUUUGGGAAACCUGGUCUGGAUGGCUUGCCAGGGAAACCAGGUCUUCCAGGUGGAAGGGGCGAGCCAGGUCCCUCUGGUUUACCUGGUAACCCAGGCUUGCCUGGUUUUGGUAAACCUGGAUAUCCUGGCCCUAAAGGUGAAACGGGGCAUGGUGGUUUGCCUGGCCCCCAAGGCCCAAAAGGUGAAAAGGGUCAUGGUGGUCUUCCUGGAAUGAUUGGACAACCAGGGCCAAGUGGACUUCCAGGCCCUCCAGGUCACUUGGGACCACCUGGAGGCAUUGGGUUUCCUGGUCCAAAAGGAGAGGGAGGUGCAGUAGGACCAAAAGGACAACUUGGUCCAAAAGGUGAACCUGGGCCUCCAGGACUUCCAGGCAAACCAGGAUUCCCAGGAGAAUUGGGGCAACCAGGACCUAGAGGCUUACCAGGCCCCACAGGUCCUAAAGGUGAAAAUGGACAUAAAGGCUUACCUGGCCUACCUGGAAUCCCUGGAAAGCUUGGUGUGAAAGGAGAAGUUGGAUUCCCAGGAGAAAAAGGUCAUCCAGGGCCCAUGGGAAUCCCAGGUUUAAUGGGUCCAGCAGGACCAAUAGGCCCACCUGGUCUACCAGGCCCUAAAGGGGAAUAUGGACCACCAGGGAAGCCUGGAAUGCCAGGCGAGGGAAAACCUGGGCUUCCAGGCCCAAUAGGGCCACCUGGUAUACCUGGACCUGGUGGGCCCCCAGGUCAACCUGGAAUACCUGGUCCCCCUGGCCGACCUGGCUUACCAGGACCUCCUGCUCAAUCUCCGUUUAUUGGGCAAAUCCUUCCUGAGACAGGUCCUGGGCUAGAUGGGGCAAAAGGUGGUUAUAAGAAAGAAAAGCCUGGAGGAGCCAUUAUUGGUAGGAAUGGCAUAGAGACGCCUGCUUUUACAGCUCAGCUGACAACACCAUUUCCUCCAGUUGGGCAACCUGUUGUCUUCAACAAGAUUUUAUAUAACGGCAACCAGAAUUACAACUCUCAAACUGGCAUCUUCACUUGCAAAGUACCUGGAAUUUAUUACUUUGUCUACCAUGUUAACUGCAAAGGAAACAAUGUAUGGGUGGCAUUGUACAGGAACAAUGAGCCAGUUAUGUAUACAUAUGAUGAAUACAAAAAAAGUUACCUGGAUCAGGCAUCAGGGAGUGCAGUGCUGCCCUUACAAGUUGGGGACACUGUUCAUAUCCAGUUACCAUCAGACCAAGCUGCAGGACUUUAUGCUGGUCCAUAUGUCCACUCAUCCUUCUCUGGAUAUUUGUUAUAUCCCAUGUGAAUUUGUGAAAAAAGGUCACUCAUAUAAAAAUCAAUGCUACGUUUUUCUAAAGUAAUAUGUAUGUGCCAUCAGUACAGAGCCACUUAGCAAGUUUGAAUAGGAAAGAAUGUUUUUGUGUUUUAUGCAUACACAUAAUUACAUUAUUUGAAACAGUCUUACAGCAUCUUACAUUAUCCAUUCAUCCAUAUGGUUAGCACUUUGUUCUAUCACAUUAUUUAUUUGCAUAUUUCCUAUUGUUUGACAGUAUAUUGAUUGUAUAUAGAUGAGGUCACAAUGACUACAUAUCAAUGUAAAAUGAUGUGAUAUUUACAUAAUGAAGAAUGUUCAGAUCGUUGGAUAUGCACUAUUUUUCUGCUGUCUUAGAUUCUCAUCGUGCCAUCUUUAAUGAACUUUAAAAAGGUAUUUGAGCACAUAAUGGUUGUUUUUUCGAUUUUGCUUUCAGUGAUCUUAUUGACUAAAACAUGUCAGUAAAAUAUGUAUCUGAAAUGUCCUGAAUCUUACAUUUAAGUUCUUUCACACCAAACUCAUUUGAGUAGAUCAGAUCAUUGCUUAUCAAAACAAACUCAAGGGUACUGAGUAAUUGUUAGUAAGUACAAUAUCAGUAUAUACACAAGUUGAUAAGGCCGCAUGGACACUCUAAGUCAGGGGUGUCAAACUCAAUUCCUGGAGGGCCGGAGCCCUGCAGAGUUUAGGUUCAACCCUGCUAAAACACAUAUACUAUGUAUGAUUGAAGUACUUGUUUAGCUGGAUCAGGUGUGUUUAAUUAGGGUUGCCUCUAAACUCUGCAGGGCUUCGGCCCUCCUGGAAUUGAGUUUGACACCCCUGCUCUAAGUUAAAUUCAAAUAGGAACCUCUCUGUAAUUUAUUUUUAGUUUUACUACUGAAUGACUAAAUUUGUAUAUGUGCAAAAAGUUGGUGGGACACAAAAAAGAAGGAAUUUAUUCUUUGUUAUUUUGACAAUGGUGCUAAACUGUUCUACAAAUAUAAAGUAAAGUAUCUCAUGUCAUUGUUGUUUUUUUUUUAAAUUUGUUGAAUCAUCUACAAUUGUGUGGAUUUGAAAUUCCGCGAAAAAUAAAAAUCCCUGCUUUCAG